AUGUGGAGGGUCACAGCGUGCGAGACGUUGCCGGACUACUGUGCCGCUCGCAAAUUUCAACCUGACCCCAAUCUUAACUUCGUCGUUGAGACCAUUGGUCUUUGCGUUUGUGCUGCGACGGAGCUGCAGGACAUGGCGCUGUCUCGAGUUGUGGGCACGUCGUACGCCAACGAUGGCGAUAGGCUAACCGCUCACUCCCGUUCUAUGAUGCGAUGA